AUGAAGAAGACCAGCACGUCAGGUAAUACAGAAGAAUCGUCUUCGUUUAUAACAGGGGUCGUCAAACGGUGUUCGAGCAAACCCCUAUGGCAAACAUCUAUCUAUCUAUCUAUCUAUCUAUCUAUCUAUCUAUCUAUCUAUCUAUCUUUAUUCCCUCUAUCUGAGCAUCUAUCCUCCUUCCUAUCUCUUUCGCUCUUUCUUUUCCACUCACAUCUAUCUAUCUAUCUAUCUAUCUAUCUAUCUAUCUAUCUAUCUAUCUAUCUAUCUUUUUUCCCGCUAUCUAAGCAUCUAUCCUCCUUCCUAUCUCUUUCGCUCUUUCUUUUCCUCUCACUUUUAUCUAUCUAUCUAUCUAUCUAUCUAUCUAUCUAUCUAUCUUUUUCCCUCUAUCUGAACAUCUAUUCUCCUUCCUAUCUCUUUCGCUCUUCUGAUUCCUCUCUUAAAUGCGAUUUUUUCUUAUCUAUCUAUCUAUCUAUCUAUCUAUCUAUCUAUCUAUCUAUCGCAGUCUGUUCAUAUCUAUCUAUCUAUCUAUCUAUCGCAGUCUGUUCAUAUCUAUCUAUCUAUCUAUCUAUCUAUCUAUCUAUCUAUCUAUCUAUCUAUCGCAGUCUGUUCAUAUCUAUCUAUCUAUCUAUCUAUCUAUCUAUCUAUCUAUCUAUCUAUCUAUCGCAGUCUGUUCAUAUCUAUCUAUCUAUCUAUCUAUCUAUCUAUCUAUCUAUCUAUCUAUCGCAGUCUGUUCAUAUCUAUCUAUCUAUCUCUAUCUAUCUAUCUAUCUAUCUAUCUAUCGCAGUCUGUUUCAUUCAUCUAUCUAUCUAUCUAUCAUCUAUCUAUCUAUCUUCAUCUUUCUAUCAUAUCUAUCUAUCUAUAUCAGUCUGUUCAUAUCUAUCUAUCUAUCUAUCUAUCUAUCUAUCUAUCUAUCUAUCUGUUUGGCUUCUUGUCUGUCUGACUGUCUGUCUGACUGUCUGUCUGUCAUAUUUAUGCAUCUAUCGAUCUGUAUGUCAUUCUGUCUGGUCCGCAUUACCCGUUUUAGCUGCAAAAACACAUUCAGGCCAACGGACGCACCAACAGCGUCUGUCUGCCCAUGCAUGCACACAGAAACGCCAUCAAAUAACUCAUCUCAUAUAUGCACGUCGCACACACGCAUACACAUUCAGAUACAUACGCAAAACGCACAAAGGAAGGUACUGCCACUCAAACAUAGGAAAAAAUGCUUCUCCUCGACCACCUUGCUGA